AUGGUCAAAGAACGUGCGCCGCCCAAGGCGCCCCUACAUCCUACCAAGGAUGGUGGUAACCUGUCCCGCGAAAAGUCCCCCGAUGAUGAUAUCACCGCCCUCAUGCGUGGCCUGGACUCCGUCAAGGGAAGCGUCAAGACCAUGAACGACCCCUUCAAUCCAACCGACGCCACCUCCACUCCCACAUUCGGCCAUCCUACCAAGAUGAUGUCGUCUCGUAAGCAGAGAGCAGACGUCUUCCUACACCAGAGGACCCGCCCCGAGCAUCACCUCGACGGCCGAGGCAGCAACAGCAUUGCCAGAGUCUCGGGACCCAGAGCGCCUACCUACCAAGACCGCAAACCACCACCGAUGCAAAUGUUUAGCUCCAACGCCCCUGUUGCUCCGCCUUCGUACUCUCGUGAUGAGGUGUUCUAUACAGACCCCGCCAAGGCCAGUGCCGACUUGAAAGCUCUGCUUGAGGGUGGUAUGGAUGAAGGGGAAGAUGAAGAGGGGGAGACCAAAGGUGAUGGUGAGAAGAAACCUGAGGAGGCCAAGGAGACAAACGAUGGCUCCGUCGAUGGCCUCAAGGUGAAGUUACUGCCUCAUCAAGUGGAAGGUGUCGAGUGGAUGAGAGGGCGAGAACUCGGCCCCGUCAAGCGAGGCAGGGUGCCCAAAGGUGGCAUUCUCGCCGACGACAUGGGUCUUGGAAAGACGCUCCAGUCCAUCUCACUGAUUCUCACCAACCAGAAGCCGGAGAAGGAUGGCACUGGCUGGAAGAAGCAGUAUGAAAACAUCGAGAAGACAACACUGGUGGUGGCCCCGCUGGCCUUGAUCCGACAAUGGGAGCACGAAAUUAAGGAUAAAGUGGAAAAAUCCCAUGGGCUCAAAGUCUGCGUUCACCAUGGACCGAACCGUACGAAGCGGUUCAAGGACCUUGCCUUGUACGAUGUUGUCGUCACAACCUACCAGAUUCUGGUCUCGGAGCAUGGCAAUUCAUCCGACGCCGAGAAUGGUGUCAAGGCAGGAUGCUUUGGUCUGCACUGGUGGCGAGUCAUCCUCGAUGAGGCUCAUACUAUCAAGAACCGCAAUGCAAAGGCUACGAAGGCCUGCUAUGCCUUGCGUUCCGAGUACAGGUGGUGCUUGUCGGGUACUCCUAUGCAGAACAACUUGGAUGAGCUACAAUCUCUGGUCAAGUUCCUCCGUAUCAGACCCUACGACGACCUCAAGGAGUGGAAGGAACACAUUGACCUCCCCCUGAAGAACGGCAAAGGACACAUUGCCAUCCGCAGACUUCACAGUCUUCUCAGAUGCUUCAUGAAGCGCCGAACUAAGGACAUCCUCAAAGAAGCCGGUGCUCUCAACCCCGGUGGCAAGCCGUCGGCUGAGGGCGAAGGUUCCGCUACGGGAUUCAAGGUCACUGAGCGCAAGGUCGUGACCGUGGCGACAGAGCUGUCACCUGCAGAGCGCAAGUUCUACGAUCGACUGGCGGCGCGCGCCGACCGCAGCAUCGAAGCCAUGAUGCGUGGCAGGGUCAACUACGCCAACGCCUUGACCUUGCUCUUGCGGCUGCGACAGGCUUGUAACCAUCCCAAGCUUGUCGAAGGCAAGCUGGAGAAGGACAAGGACGCCUUGUCGACAGACUCGAGCCAGAAGUCGCAAGACGCGGAUAUUGAUGCCAUGGCCGACAUGUUUGCUGGUAUGAGCGUUGUUUCCAAAGACUGCAACAUCUGCGGACGAGGACUGAGCAGCGAGGACACCAGCUCGGGAAGAGACAUCUGCACCGAGUGUCAUGAUGAUCUGGCGUACUUUAACAAUCACGAGCGGCCAGAGAGGCCAAAAAAGUCCAAAGACAAGAGCAAGAAGAAGCACAAGUCCAAGAGAGCGGUGAAGGAAGAGAUUAUCGACGAGAAGGUUGUUGACAGGCAGAUCGUUGAGGAUGAUGCUGAAGAGUCACCCAAGAAGACGGCCCGACGACCUCGACAUCGCAAUGCUGUUGUGGACAGUGAUGACGAUGAGGAAGAGGAGUCACCGAAGAAGACUGCUCGGUCUCGGAACCGAAAUGCUGUCAUCGAUAGUGACGAUGACGACGAGGAAGAAUCACCAAAGAAGGCCCCUCGAUCUCGACACAGGAAUGCCGUUGUCGAUAGCGAUGACGAGGACGAGGAGGCUGAUGAGUCGCCCAAGAAGGCAGCUCGGCAACCCAGACACCGCAAUGCCAUCGUCGAUAGUGACGACGAGGAAGAGGGCUCCUGGCUUGUCUCCGAGGGCGAGCAAGGAUCUCUCCAUCUUGGCAAGGCUGGUGGCGAGGAGGACGAGAACGCCGAGGGCGGAGGUGACUGGCUCGGCUCUGACGACUCGGAGGACGAGGAGAGCAAGGUCCAGGAGCAGAGCAAUCUGAGCAGCUUUGUUGUGGACGACGAGGCUGCGAAGAAGGAAAAAGGAUACCGCUCCACGGGUGAGGCAUCUGACUCGGAGGACUCUCUAUUGUCUGUUAUGGAGAUUACGAAGCGGAUGGCGGCCCAAACUUUGGACGAUGAGCCAUCAGUCGUCGCUGAUACCACAACUGCCGAUACGACGGGAGCCGAUACUACUACAGCUGAUACCACAGCAGCUGAUACGACCGCCGCCUCGGGAUCAUCAGCCUCAGAGUCAGAGACAGACUCCGGCUCUGACGACGACUCGGAUCUCUCGUCCGAGGAGGAUGACAGCAUCUUCUACCCGUCGCGCGAUCCUCACUCGCCGCAAGUGCUCGCGUCGUCCAAGAUCCGCGAGCUCAUCAAGAUCCUGCAAGCCGAGGUCAAGGAGCACAAGUUUAUCGUCUUCUCCCAGUUCACCUCUAUGCUUGACCUCGUCGAGCCCUUCUUCCGCAAGGAACGAUUCUCCUUCGUGCGCUAUGACGGUAGCAUGAAGAACGACGAGAGAGAAGAGAGCCUACGUCGCCUCAGGGGUGACCCCAAGACGCGCAUCCUGCUGUGCAGUCUUAAGUGCGGUAGUCUGGGACUCAACCUCACCGCGGCGACGCGUGUCGUCAUCCUGGAGCCAUUCUGGAACCCAUUUGUUGAAGAACAAGCCAUUGAUCGUGUCCACCGUCUCACGCAGACCGUCGACGUCAUCAUCUACAAGCUCACCGUCACCAAGACGGUCGAGGAGCGUAUCCUCGACCUGCAGGAGAAGAAGCGUCUCCUUGCUGAGCAGGCCAUCGAGGGUGGCAUGCGCAAGGAGGGCUUCAAGCUUGGCCUCAACGAGAUCAUUGCCCUGUUCAAGCCAGGCUCUGCCCAGAACGAUGAUCUCCUCGGUCCCGCCCACGAAGAUGGCGACAGCGUCGACGACAAGGGUCGUAGGGCCGCGGGUAUGAUCAAGCGAAGGCCCGGACGCCCGAGAAAGGAGGAGAGCGCCGUCUACGGGCGUAGGUGGUGA